CCCAUCAGACCAGGCCCCGCCCCUCCCACCCGUCCCUCGGGAUGUUCCGCGGCUCGGGGAUGAAGAGCUCGAGGCCGAGUUUCAGGAGUUACCUGCCGCCGGCGGAGAGCUCCUUCCCGAGCCGGGCCGAAGUGAACCGGGUGUGUGAGGCCGCGCUGUUGCCGGGGGAACUUGUGGUGAGUGAGACGAGCAAUGUCCGAAAAUGUAUUGCUACGGACACAAGUGCUCAUGAUCUCUCUGGGACAUUGCUAUGCACCAACUUCAAGAUCUCCUUCAUUACAAAGGAUGUGACACCUUUUCGGAAAUUUCAGUACAGAAACCUGCUGUUGGAGGAACAUGACAUCUCUCUCACCUGUGUGGAACAGGUUGUAGCAGUGAAUGAUGAGAGGAAGAAGAGGAAGGUUUUGGGGCCUAAUCAGCGCCUGAAGUUUAAACCUACUGAGCUGAUCAUCUACUGCAAGGAUUUCCGUAUCAUUCGCUUCCGUUUUGAUGAGUCUGUUCCAGAAUCAGCCAGAAAGAUCUGUCUUGUGAUUGCACAUUACUCUCAGCCGAAAGAUCUCCAGCUGCUGUUUGGGUUUGCAUAUGCCAGGGAAAAAUGCCAGAAUUCAGUUAACAAGGUCAAUGGAACAGACUUGGAAUUGGAUGGAUUGCAGACCUCACUGUUUGAAACCUACUCUGACUGGGAUAGGGAGAUAAAGCGGACAGGGGCAUCGGAGUGGAGAGUUUGUUCUGUCAAUGAGCACUAUGCCACUUCCACAAGCCUUCCAGAGUACUUUGUUGUACCCUCUUCUCUGGCGGAUGAAGACUUGAAACAGUUGGUUCCUUCUUUCAACGGUGACCGAAUCCCGAUGUGGUGCUGGCAUCACUGGACUGGCAGUUCCCUGGUGAGAAUGGCCAACAUUAAACCCGGGCCAAAGCUGAGAAAACACAACACAAGGAUCCUCAAGGCAAUAGCACAGAGUCAUCCAGACAAGAGUGAAGUAUUUAAAUCUGAUUUGGAUAAGAGCUUGCCAAAUAUAUCAGAGGUGCAGGCAGCAUUGAUGAGACUCAAGCAACUGUGCAUUAAUGAUUUAUUUGAAGAAACAGAUGAGAAGUGGCUGUCCUUAUUGGAAAACACCCGGUGGCUGGAGUAUAUCAGACUGUUCUUAAAACACUCUGCAGAACUUGCACAGUGGAUGUAUAGUGAGAAUAUUUCUGUCAUCAUUCAUGAGGAGGAAGGAAGAGAUCUGAACUGUGUGAUAGCCUCAAUAAUGCAGGUGAUGUUGGAUCCUCAUUUUCGCACCAUACUGGGAUUUCAAAGCCUAAUCCAGAAGGAAUGGGUUGUGGCUGGUUACCGCUUUUUGGAUCGUUGUAACCAUCUUGGAGAGUCUGAGAAACAUGAGUCUCCCCUGUUCCUGCUGUUCCUGGACUGUGUUUGGCAGCUACUGCAACAAUUUCCAGCUGCAUUUGAAUUCACUGAAACCUAUCUGACUGUCUUAUAUGAUAGCUUGCGGAUUCCCUUGUUUGGCACGUUCCUUUUCAACAGCCCAUAUCAGCAGAUGCAACAAAGUCAGGAUUUUGCCACUAAUGGGAACCUGCACUGUGAAGGGAAAAGUGUUGAACUACCCCCUGUCUGGGACUGGUUUCUUCAGUUCACAGCUAAAGAUCUAACGCUGUUCAAUAAUCCUCUAUACAUUGGCAAAAGUGUGACCUGUGUGCAGAAUGGGACAAUCAAAUCUUUCAAAAGAGCAAAGAAGAAUUCCUCCUCCUCCUCCAUCUAUUCAGUAUACACGAUGAAGAAUGGAAAGCUUAGUGACCAGCAUGACUUCUUCCCGCGCCGGAACUCAUUACAACGACCGAGCCCUGAUUUAGUGCAGCUUAAUGAGAGCCACGAUCGCAAUAUGGAGCGUUACUUCAGGGACUGGUACUCAAAGCCCUUGGACUUGCAUGGAAUCAUUCUGCCGCAUCUCAGCAGUGCACAUACCCAGCUCUGGAAGCAGUGUUAUUUACGCUGGAUCCCUGAGGCACAGAUCACCAACGGAGGAUUCAUCUCUGCCUUUCAUAAGAUCUCGAUAUUGGCAGAUGACAUUGAAACUCUGCAGCAGCGUGUUCGCCAGUAUUGGUGUGACCCCUGCCUAACCAGCUUUUCCGACUCCUACAGUCAUAGAAUGUAUUUCCAGGCCAAAGAUUUCAGUGAAGUACCUGGGACGCUUGACUGUUUUUCUUCUUCUUUUCCCUUCUCCCCUGUUGGGAACCUCUGUCGACGAAGUAUUCUGGGAACUCCCCUAAGCAAAUUCCUACUCACUGGUGCCAAAACUUGGCCUUCUACAGAAACGCUGGCCAAUGAUGAGUGAAGGUCCUUGGAUUGGGAACAGUGAGGCAUCAGCAUCCCAUCAAAGGCUAAAAGCUAAACCGUAUCAAACUGAACGCUGCUGUCUGACACUGAGUAUUGAAUAUGCAAAAUAGUAGAAAUUUGCACAGAUAUUUUUAAGAGGGUAAGCACUCGACGUAAACACACUACAGCUCCAAGAGGCUUUUUAAAACAUACUUUAUAUUGAAGAAACCUUUGGUGUUUUCUCAAAGCAAUUGCAACCAUAAGCUGCCACUCAUUGCCUAUUUUGUGUUCAAAGUGGAUUAGACACUGGUGUUUUUUCUCUGGGACCAGUCUGAUGAGCUGAAAUUCUGCCAGCAGUAUGACCCUGACGUAUUGACAAUGUGACAGCAGAAACAUUGCACUAAUUGUAAUCUCACUGGGUGCCUUAAGUGUUCCUCAGCACUUUCACCUUAAUGGCCAAGUGUGCCGAAAGAGUUUAUAAAAAAUCCAAUAAUUUUUUAAAAAGCUUUUCCAGAAUAAAUUAUUUUUUGUACAUUUAAAAAAUAGAUAAUUUCUGACCAGCUUUGAAUCCAGCUGGCAACAUGGUGACUGUUGAGAUCUUGGGGUUGACCAUGACCAUAUGAUGGAGAAAUAAGUUCCAUUUGUCCAAGGAAUAUAAAGUUUAUUUUUUUCUGUGAUGUGCUCAGUGGAGAGGAUCCUUUACACUAGAAUUAUUGAAUUUGCUCUGUGACACUGAGCAUCUCCCUGCUGCCCAGUUACUACUUCAAGAAACAUCACAUAGGCCUUUCAAAUUAGUAUAACUAAGACUUAGUCCAGGGAAUGUAGAUCAUUUAGCAUUGAACCUAGUUAAUUUGGCAUAUUUUAAUUCCUGCCAUCCUGUGUAUUCUGGUGACUUGUGUUCAGUGUUGUAACGCUGCUGCUAUCAGAUUCUCUGCCAAAUGAAUCAUCGAAAUCUACCUUUGCUUGGAUUUCAUUCUCUGCUUCUGACGGGGCUGUCUCUCGCUGGGAUGCAGUUCCUGCAGGUGCUGAUUCUCACUGUCAUGUCUGAACAAACUGCAGGACAUAAGUAGAUCUUGGCUCUAAGAUCAUUUCUUUCAGACAUUUCUUUAUAAUUCGAUUUUGGCAGCAUUUUCCAAUUGUUAGCUGCCACGCAUAUAAAGCAGUUGCUGGAUGGGAGCAGUAGGAAGUACUAAUUCCUACCAAAAUACAACUGAGGGCUUAGAACUGCCUGAUGGUGGGAACUGUAACCUGUCAGUAAUAUACUCUGUAGUCUUUCGGUAAAAUUCCUCUCCUGUAAGUGCCCGGAUGUUGUAAUCUGAACUGUGAUUAAUUUAUAUCUAAUUUUGUUGUAAUCACAUAAAGCAGCUAUAUUUUCUAAUGUCAUAUUGGGCCAGUGUGUGGGGAUCCUGACAUAAGCCUACUGCCAUAGCUGACACAAACUGUUCAUUUAUCAAUUUGGCGUAGGCUGAAAUUCUGUACUCACAGGAAGUUGGUGACUAGUUCUUUUAAAAACAUGUGCUUAUGAAAGUGAGAUCACUAUAACUUUGUAACAUUUUUGCAGAACUACCAACAGUUUGAUCUGCAAUGACUUCAGUUUUGUUUUUAAUUUCCACUGAAGAUUCAAGAUGGCUGGCCAAUUUUUAUGCAGAAGGCAAAAGGAAAUUUGAGUCUAAUGGCACCUGCAUUUGCAGUUACCCUCAGUAAAGCUAACUUGAAACUUUCCAAUUGUCAUCAUUCAUAUAAAGAUGUGUCAUCUACACAAUGCUGAAUGGGAAAGCUGUAGAAUCUGAGCUGAUAAGACUGAGAGGAAGGAUCUGAAAGCUCAUCUUUUUGCUGUCACUUCUGCAUGUCUCCAGUUUGGAAUGAACCCUGGAUUUUGCAGAUUCCCAUUGACAACCAUAUAGCUUAAAUUGCACAAGUUCUUUUGGAGGUGGAGGAGGUGGCACCAGCCAUCUUAGGUAGCAGUUCUUUGUUUGAGUUUUGUAAUCUAGAAAGAGAAUUAUUAAGAGAACGUUAAAGGAGAUGAAAAUGUAAGAUUUAUCUGGCAGGUCUGUCGCUUUAUGAAAGUUCAGUGCAAGUUAAUGCAUUGGAUGAGUUUCAACUUUUGUCUGAAGGGGCUGUCCACACAUUAACUGUCUAUCUGCUUGGUGACUUGCUAUGUAUUUCCAGUUUGCACUUUUUCUCUACUGAUGAGUCUGUUUUACACCUACCAGCUUUUACAUUUUUGAGCAAACAGGUGCAUUAUUGGAAAAAUAUUUUAUCACAGUCUGAUGGCUCUUGUAAUUCUUCAUUAUGAUUGCUGAACUCUUAACAACAGUGGCUCAGUAACUCGUGACAUCCACGUUCUUGGACUUCUCAAGAAUUUUAUUCCCAGAAGUAAAUAAAGAACCUAAUGCUGGAAAACUUCAGCACCUAUAAGAAAUUGGCAGAUACAAAGAUGUUCCCCAUCUUUCCUGAUAUCCAGUAGAUAAGUGAGAAAGGCACUUGCUGGGCAUUAAUGGAUGUGCAGGUUUGAUGACAAACCUGAAUGGCUGAGCUUGUUUAAGUUUGCCUUCAUAUUUUAGAAAAAUAAUUUUAUUUUUUAAUCACAAUGAUUUAUCUUUCUAGUCUGUUUAAACCUAGUGCUGAGUUGUGUUCUCUGGUUAGUCUUUUUCCUGGUUGAUAUGUAUCCUUGUUUCCAAUACAGUCUUUUGUUAAUAACAUGUCCAGUUUGAGCAUUCUGUCACAGGCAAGUGAUGCAAAAUGGCCAGAAACUUCCAAUUAGGGAAUGUUAACAGUUAAGCUUCUGCAACAGUUUAAUUUGUUCUUUACAAAACUCUUAUUUUGAAUCAGUGUUUUAAACUCCAGGAUCCUGAGCCUUUUAAACAAGGGAAUUAUUCACUAAUGCUUUGUUUUUAGGUCAAACCCUUAAUGCUAAAAACAAUGGAACCAGAAACUACACAGAUCCUUAGGAAGUAGAAUGACUGAUUCAAAUCCUUUUUUAGUAAUAGUAUUCAAUAGAGGAUGUUUUUCCUUUUUUGCAUUUUCCAACCCAUUCUUGAUGGGAUGUAUUGCUUUUCUUUGCUUGGUUAUUUCUGUGUUCUAUUUAUUCAGCACCUGUUUUUUUAAAAUUUAAUUCCAGGUUUAGCAGGUGUUGCUGUCAGCAGGUGCUGGAAGGGGAGGGCUGGGUUUCAGCUGCUGUGCACUGUGUGCAUUAUGAUGUAUUUCCAAACCUGUAUUUGUUCAUCCUGUGUGCCUCUAAUAAAUACUUUGGUGUAAAUGUUCCUUAA